UAGUGCUUAUACUUGGUGAAGAAGAAAUCGGAGACCGAGCUGCAGCAGCAGUUCUGGACGAAAACGACCGAACCAAAAGAAGGGAAAAGAGUGGUACGCGGUACUCACCCUUCGCAAGCCUUGUCGUUUCCUUCUCCCUUGCACUCUUGCUGUUUGGUCUGCUAAUCUAAUUCCCUAUUUCCAUAUCCCUCGAUUUUGAAUUCCCGAGCCUCAUUACUUUGCCGAUUCCUUGUGAUAAGUGAUAACACAUAUUCAGAAGCGGAAAUGGAGGUUUUCUAGUAGUCUUGUCUCUGUGAUCGGAGUAACAAAACCAGAUUCUCGGAGACCCUUUGUAUUCUCUUCACAAAGCUCAUCCUUUGAAAGAUGAUGCUUCAAUUCCCGGACCCGGUGAAGCUCAAAACCAGGAAGCUUGUGUUUGAGGAGGCGUAUGCAGCACGUGACUCUGCUACGCUUGAGCAAUUGAAGGAGCUUAGCUCUAAGCGCAGAGUGAUUGAGGAGUCCAUCAACGAGAGCAGUUCCAUCACGGAAGCUAUUGCACGAGAAAUGUCUGGAGGAUUGACAUCCCAAGUUCAGCAGGACCUGCAAAGGCUAGAAGGGUAUCUUCCAUUAUUGGAAAAUUUGAUUUUCCACAUAGAUUUAAUUGGUAGCAAUUGCCAGAUGGUGCGGUGGACUUCAGAUCUGAAGAUACGAUGGAGUAGUGCGCUGAGCUCAUCUUCUUUCUUCAACCUUCUGGGUCCAAAAUUUUUUCAAAUUGAUAACUUGCGAUUUGAGCUUGGUAUGACCCUUUUUCUUUAUGGUGCAAUCCUUCGAGAGAGGGCUUUGGAAGUCCUGCCAACAGAUUUGGUGCAAUCUGCCACCUUCUUCAGAGAAGCUGCUGGAGUAUAUCAUCAUCUGGCUAAUGAGGUUCUUCCCUCUUUAGGACCUGCAUUUCCUGCGGAAAGGCCACCAGAAGCCAUCUCAUCUGUAUCCACUGUCAUGAGCCUCAUUUGUUUGGCAGGGGCCCAGGCAGUAACCAUCAGGAAGGCUGAAGAAAAAGGCACUGCUAUAGGCCUCUUGGCAAAGUUGCACCAUGGUGUUACACAGUUACUCGAUGAAGCCGAUAGUCUUUUAAAUACAGCAAGUAGUGAGUGCAGAGAUAUUUCAUCUCGCUUAGUGGAAUUUAUAUUGUCAUGCAAAUCUCUACACGAGUUAAGAAGUCAGAAAUAUCUUGCUGGAACUCUGAAGAUUGCUGGUCAAGUUGGGGUUGCAGUUGGAGUUCUUCGUGUUGCAGUGAUCAACAUCCAAAAGAAGAUUCCAGGUGAAGAGUCAUGGAGAUCAGUGUUCAGAAAGGAAAUUGAUGAUGCCUCUGAAAUGCUCAGGAAGUUCGAGCAUGAGAAUGAAUUUGUCUGGCAUGAGAAGAUUGCUUCUGGUGAUGAGUUGCCAUUACCCCAAGGUAACAAAAUUGUGAGUUUUAUACCUUACAAACCCAAAAGAUGGGAGAGAGAACUUGCGUUCAAGAUAUAAAUGUUCAUUGAAGUGUUUGUACUAUGUUCUUGUCUUUGUUCCCUGGUGAAGGUUAUCAAGCUUCUAGCUUUGCAUUUGCCCAUUGAUGGAUGGAUGGAUUUUUUUUUUUUUUAAAUACCAAACACUCUCUUGGAAACAAUUUCUUCUCGGGUCUGUUCAUUAAGAUAGUGGCUGAGGGCUCUAGGGUUUGCUUGGCAAUUGAGUUGUAUGGACCAAGAUUGUUAUGUAAAUUAUAACCUUUUACUUGUC